AUGGUUCGGCACAAUGAAACGCCUCGAGAUAGUAUAGACAACACUCUACCUGAGAUGUCAGAUAUUGUGCCCGCUGAUGGCUCGCUAUUCCGUCCAUCCCAUCCCCGGCAACCGUCGAAUCCCAAUGUGUUCUCAGACGACUACUCUGUCGACUCAAUUGACGCACCUCUAUUUUCAAAUCAUCAACGAACGAAUUCCUUUUCUUCCUUUGACUCUACCUCUACCGUUGAACCACGACAUUACGACACACCUAAGCCAGUGGCCGAGAACAGCACACGGGUGAACCUUUUGGAUCAACAGCCAAGUCGCCGGUCGCAGGCUUCGGUCCAUGAAUCGUUAUCACUAGAUAGGACUAUCAGCCAUCAGUCACAAAUACCUUCUGCCUCAAACAAUGGCAUCAACAUUGAUCCUUUUGCGGAUCAACCAACCCAAUCAUUUCCCGACAAUGCACGGCCUUCGAGUAUUCGCAAGGGCAUAACCGGAUUGAAUCGACAGUCCACGAUUUCUACUGUCUCCACACGGUCAGGGUAUACUCCAGUGCCACGGGCGAUGAGCCCGUAUCGAGGGGCAACUGGUCCUAGUCAUCCAUAUGCAAUGUAUCCACAGGUUGGUGUCGGUCGAUCGCCCAGUGUUGCGACAGUUUCGACGAUACGACACGCCGACAGUCCGUUGCGAGGACAAAAUGGUCCACAGCAUCCUUAUGGCAUGUAUCCGCAAAAUAUCGACUAUGAAGAAGAUUUAGGGGAUCAGCCAAUUCCAGUGGGCUUCCCUCCUCGCGGGAUACAGCCUCAAGGAACAACCACUCGGGCGGAUGACGUCGGGGAUAUCAUAGGCCCAGACGGCCAUCUGGAACAGCUUCCGCCUUACUCUCGCUAUCCUGAUGGUGUGAUUCGGCCAACAAUGGACAGAGGUCCUGCUAGCAUAGCCAGUGAUAUGAGAGGACGAUUCGAAAGAUAUCAAGAUGAGCCCAACAACAGGCCGGAUUCAUCUUCAGGAUCAGGGGCAUUGGUCAACGUUGAUUCUUCAGAACCAUUGCGGUCACCAACCUCGUCAUCUGAACGAUCAUCAACUCCAGUGGCACCAGUGCCAGAGGAAAAGCCGCGUCGGAAGGGUCAACAGAAAUGCUGCGGCGCCCCGAUAGGACUUGUGGUGAUGUUGAGCAUGGCCAUGGUAAUUUGUGUACUUCUAGGUGGUGUCAUUGGCGGGGUAUUAGGCGAAAGGGCGGCCACGCAUCGCGCACAGCUUGCAGCCGCUGAACGUCCCUCGCAUCCGGCGAGCGUGGUUACCGUCACUUAUACAUCCGACGUAACACCGUAUACAGCCACGCCCACAGGCUUUGCUGCUCUCCCGACAGGCAGUUAUCAGGUUCCUUGGAUAGUCACAAAUGUGUCCAAGUUCUGUGUUGGAACGUCUAAUCAGAUGCAAUCCUGGAGCUGCCAAAUCACGAAUCCACUCCCUGUUAACAUUCAAGGAUCUAUCAUGUCUAGCAGCAUCACUGUCCAGCAACCUAGCAUUCAGAAUGGCCAUUUCGAGUAUGGCGCCCAAUUACCUUACGAUAUCAAUCCCCUUCAACAGCAUCUCGACAUCAUGAUCGAUAAAGAAGACCCUCAACUAGGGCCGGCACUCUUUUUUCAAACAUUGUUCAAUAAACUCGUCAUAGUUCAGGACUCUCAAGAUAUGCGAUCGAAACGCUCACUUGGCGAGAGUGCUACCUCCGGCAAUGGAUUUGUAGACGAGCAGAAUCAAAACACAAAGUACCCGAAGCCUUGGUUUUGCUGGUGGAACCAGACACAAAUCGAGACGUUUAUCUAUAUAAAUCAAACCAAAGACGCAACCGGCUCCGGGAUAACAUCGACUACGAGCUCGGCUACACAACCUCCAUUGAUAACCACGGCACCAUCGCCCACGGCUACGGCAGGAUCACAGAAACGAGAUCUAAGAGAUCUACUACUUCGUGAUAAUAUUAGCGGCAUUUAUCCUAGGAAGGUUAAGGUCAAGGAACACCGGGUGAACCCCAAUGCACCCAAUGCGUAUUGUCAGCAGAUGCAGGUCAAUCCGGACAACAGCAUUACUCCGAUUCAGGGUCAACGUUUCAAUAUCAACGAAACAGCACCGUCCGCUUCGCAUGACGGCAGCCCUCCGUGCUAUUGUGAGUGGAUGACCUGA